CAUCACCGGCGUCAGCUCAGCUACUUCAGCUCGGCUCCUUCAGCUCAGCUACUUCACAUCAGCUUCCCCACCUCAGCUUCCUCACGUCACUCUUACCACCACCGCCCACCACACACCAUGGCGACAAAACAGGCCACGCGCCAGAACCAGGCCAUCACGCUCAAGGGCUCGACGGCGCUCGUGACCGAGUUCUUCGAGUACGGCGUGAACUCAAUCCUGUACCAGCGCGGCGUGUACCCCUCCGACGACUUCCGCAUGGUCAAGAAGUAUGGCCUGCCGAUGCUCGUGACCAGCGACGACGGGCUGAAGGAGUACAUCCAGACGAUCAUGGCGCAGGUGUCUGACUGGCUCAUGUCGUCGUCCCUCACACGCCUAGUCCUCGCCAUCAAGUCGGUCGAGACGGACGAAACCCUCGAGCGCUGGCAGUUUGACAUCUACACCGAGGACGGGCCGGCUUCGUCCCUCCCCGGCGGGCCACCCGCGCAGAAGAAGAAGAAGGACAAGACGGAGAAGGAGGUGCAGGGCGAGAUCCGCGAGAUCAUGAAGCAGAUCACAAGUAGUGUGACCUUCUUGCCUAUUCUCGACGAGGAGUGCACGUUCACCAUCCUUGCCUACACCAACGACUCGCCAGACGUCGCCAUCCCCCAGACGUGGGGAGACGCAGACCCACACCUCAUCGACCGCGGCAAGGUCGAGCAGGUCCGCCUCCGCAGCUUUACGACAAACGUCCACUCGCUCGAGGCCAUGGUCGCGUACCGUGUCGGCGAGUAGCGACGCACAGCUUGUCAAUUGCCCGUAUCACUACCUGUAACUCUAGAGCAUGAACA